AUGAGCAACAGUCGUUUGACGCGCUCACGUCGAAGGGAAAGUGGCGAAGAAGAACCUUUCGUUAUGGAGAAUCCGCGGGUCCCUAAAACGAUUUCAUCACCUUCAGUGGACCCUCAUCCAAUUCCUUCGACAAUCUCUCAAAUUGAUCUGCUGAAGAUCAUGUCUCAACAGCAAGAGGCUGCUGAGCGCCAACAACAGCAACUUCUUCAGCUGCUUCUUGAUCAACAAGAGCAGCGAAAAAGAGAACAAGAACAACGAGAAAGAGAACUUGCCUCUCAGUUGGAGCAGCGAAGAAGAGAACAAGAACAACGAGAAAGGGGAAUUGCCUCUCAGUUGGAGCAGCGCAGGCUUGAUAGAGAAGCUCAAGAACGAUCCGAGAGCAGUUUGCAUGAACUAUUCCGGACGACUGUGGCAGCUCUUCAGGCUGUUCAUCAGGUGAAUGGCUCAGGAGAACCGGCUGUCACCCCACGAGGUUCCAGAGUCGUUACUCCGCUUCCCUCUCCUGUUCCCGUUCCCGCUGUUCAACAGGUCCAACAUCCAGCACAGUUCCAAGAUGUACGAGACUUAAGUGGGACUCCGCCAUGA